GUCAGAAAUUUGGAAAAAGCGUAACAGCGAUUUUUAGUGCAAAUACUUUCAGGAAUUUGUGAAUGAAGUGUAAAAGAUUUUCAACUUCUAUAACAGAUUUUUCAUGACGAAUAAUUUAACAUUCCAUUUAGAUGAAGAUGGAUGAAAAAGAAGAAUUACAUCUAACCUCUCAAGAGUUACAAGUGCUAUCAGAGCUUGACAGUCGUCAAUUUGGUUUCCUGAAAUUACGAGGAAACGAACAUGGCAGAACCCGUGCUUUGGUUCUCAAAGCUGUCAAGUAUCUGGAGGGGAUGUUGGUGCAAGUUAAGGAGGAGGAAAGAGCAUGUUCCCCUGGAGCGAGAAGAGACAUAUGCAUUGAUCCAAAAACAUACUGCAAAUUGGGUCAUUUUCAUCUGCUACUUGAAGAUUAUGCGAAAGCAAUGUCAGCAUACCAAAAGUUCUAUGCACUUGAGCAGGACAACUGGAAGGAUCCUUUGUUCCUGUAUGGAUUGGGCUUGUGCUAUUAUCACUACAAUGCAUUUGAUUGGGCGACGAAGGCUCUUCAAAUGGCGCUCUACGUGUCGCCGGGAUUCACACGGGCGGCGGAUGCGCAUCUCCGCUUGGCGCUUAUGUUCAAGGCGCGAAGACACUGGGGCGCAGCCGCGGUCCACUUCAGAAGAGCAAGACUCUCUCCGCAUCAAGACGCGACCUUUACCAGACUCGAGCUGAGCUUCCACGCUGCUCAUUUGCUGGAAGCCAGGGGUCUCAAGAAAGCCGCAAGAGAUGCCUAUCAACGACUUCUAAAGGAGCCUCAAUUAUCAUCUACCCUGAAAGCGGACGUCUGUCGUCAACUAGGAUGGUUGUAUCACCGUUGUGCCUCCCUCGACGAGCCGGCUGCCCGUGCUCGAGCGGCUAUCUGGUGUCUGCAGAGGGCAGUGGCGGCUGAACCCGAGUCCGGGGCCGGGUUGUAUCUCUUGGGGAGAUGCUUCGCGGCGCAGGGCAAAGUCCAUGACGCGUUCAUAGCGUAUAGGAACUCGGUGGAGAAGUCCGAGGGAAACGCUGAUACGUGGUGCUCUAUUGGCGUACUGUACCAGCAGCAGAACCAACCGAUGGACGCGCUGCAAGCGUACAUAUGCGCGGUACAGCUGGACAAGGGCCACUCGGCCGCGUGGACGAACCUCGGCAGCCUGUACGAGAGCUGCCAGAUGCCGCGCGACGCGUUCGCUUGCUACAACAACGGGGGCGCCGCAGCCACCGCGUCGAAUACGGCGCUGCGGCAGCGACUCGCGUUUCUGAGGGCGCAUUUGGCACACGCGCCGAUGCCCUCCGUUACCGGCAAGCGCCGUCCACUGCCAUCUAUCGAGGAGGCUUGGAACCUUCCGAUAUCCGCCGAGAUGUCGUCUCGCGCACCCAAGUCCGCGCCGCCGCCGUACCCGGGCAAGCGGAGCGGCAGCGGUGGCGGGAGCGGAGGCGCGGGCGGAGGCGGAGGCGGAAGCGGAAAUGUCACCGCUCCAGAUGACCCGCCCCCGCUGACGCCCAACCAGUUGCAGACGUUGCAGCAUUUGCAGAGGAACUCGCACAACUUGUCGCCGCACCAACAAGCGAUGAUGCAACAGCUUCUACAGCAGUACAGAUUGUCACAAGCGGCGAGAUCGCGAGCGGUAGCGAAAAGCGAUAGCACCGCGACGAGCGGCAGCGACAACGCGGAGUCGCUUGCUGAAGAUUUACUCAAGAAGUUCUCAGAUACACAACCUGAUAUAAAGAAGGAGUCCGCAAUGAAGGCUGGCAGCAACAGCGAGGCGGUGCUCGGCGGCCGGCAAGCCGUGGUGAAGCUCGAGCCGCUCAAGACGGACCCGCUCAAACCAGUCACAUUCAACAUCAGCAUGACCGCCAAACAGAUAUUGGACGCCUGCAAGUGAGUAUUUGUGGAUACUUUACACGUUUCCAGGUUUCCAGGUGGUUGGAGGUUAUUGGUUGUUUAGGAUCGUCGUUCUAUAGCAGUUUGGAGAUGGUGAAAUGUGUUCCCAUUGAUGUUUGACAUGGAAAAUCAGAAGUACUAGAAGUACUACGUUGUUACGUAGACGUCAGCCGUGUAUCGAUACCCUGGUGGAACUUUAUGUUUGAUAAUAUGGCGUCACCAGGUUUUUAAAAUUUUAAAAGAAUUAAUCGUGUAUUAAAAGAGUUUUCGUAGAAAUAUAUUUCAAUUUGAAGUAUGGAAUAUUUCAUAGAAUUGAAACAUCUUCGUCAAUAAAAAUAUACAUAAAUAGGAAAUUUAAUUGCUAUCUAUUAUAAUUCUGAUGUGUUUUCCCCUAACUCGACAUAUAAUAGUAACGCCAAAAAAUCUGGAUGGUUGUGAGUAUUUUAGUAGUAAACUGAUGACAAUUACGCGUAGUUUAUAGUGUUAUAAUGAAAAUUCAACAGCAGAGUGAAUUUUUCAGAUAACUAAUUCGCUAACUCUUAUACUAUAUGAAAUAACAAAAUAUAGUAUAAAAUGUUAAUAUAUUAGGAUCACAUGCUCGCUACAACUUAAUAUAAUUCAUAGGUCUCCUAUACAAUCGUCAGAUGAACUUUCACCAACUUCACACAAAGUGAAGCAAAAACGGUAAUUAAAAAGCAUUUACUAGCCAAACUCAUGCAUCCCGAUAUAUCCUAACCCAAAGUAAGGAAUUACUCAAACUCAAACUUUUGAGAUGUGACUAUGAAUAGACAUUAAAACUACCUUACUACUUAAAAAAAAAACUACCUUACUACUACCACUUACUGGAGAUGAGGGUAAAAUAAAA